AUGGGCAAUCAGGCUUCAUCGGAGGAGAAGAAGAGCUCCCGCACCUCACACCAUCCACCUCCGGUAGAGAAAGACCGCAGAGUCAACCGCAGACAAUCAGUCCAAGCACUGCAGGUCAACAGCCGAGCUGCCAACCCAGAUCCCGCCGCAACGACGGCCAGCGCAACGGCCACGACGAGCUCAAGACCUUUUGAGACGAGUGAACUCGCACAGUAUGUUCAAGCCUCACCAUCGCCCGACAGCAGUGCCAAACGAGUCAGUCGCAUGCCAUCACGGCGCAAGAGAGAAGAGGGAGAGCCAAGCCGAUCGAAGGCCUCACCGGUGUCCGUGCCCAGUGUUGCCCAAUCAUCGGUCCCAAUGAAAGUACCCGUCUCACGCAGCAAGCAAGAAGCCAUGGAGAAGAAGGCCUUUGAGGAGACAUGGGACAACCCACCUAAGCCGAGUCAAUACGAUGGCGCUGACGACCGUCGCUACUUACCUGCCUCAGAGAUGCGUCCACAACGCAUGCCAUUGCCCAUCGCGGGUGAAGUGCAGCCUAUUCCAGAGUCACCCACACUCGAGCCCGCCGAUGCCGGCAUGCAAGAUGUCCCCAUCUUCGACGACGAUGUCGGUGGCUUGGCGCCUGAGGCACAGCAGCUACGCCGCAAGUCAUCUGUCAUGAGUGCAGGCAGCACUGACGAUGAGGAGAUGGACGAAGAACUACCACCAGCUGAUCCUGCCGCUGGUACUGUGCAAACGACCAUCGAGUGGCUUCAUGCAGGCAGUCGAGUCUUUAUCACGGGCACGUUUGCCAAUUGGGAGCGAAAGUUCAAGAUGCAUCAUCUGAAGGAUGGCAGAAAAGGUCACUUCGUCAGCUUGGCCCUUCCUCCUGGCACUCACCACCUUAUGUUUCUCGUCGACGAAGUCAUGACGACCAACCCGGAUCUUCCCACCGCUGUCGACUAUAACAAUGUCCUUGUUAACUACAUCGAGAUCGCCACGGAAGAUGUCGCCAAGGCACGACGUGAGAGCACUCAGGCCCCUCCAGAGGAGCGUGAUAUUCCCCAGCCCACACAACAGCAGGCUAUGGAUGAUGACGAUGGCAUCGAAGUGCCCAUGGACGAGGAAGCUGACCUGCUUGCCGAGGAGAUCCUGCCGGGGGACUUUCGUCAGAUCAUCCCACAGGCUCUGGACGACAUUGAUCUGGACGAGCGGGAUCAGAAAUAUCAGGAUGCUUUGCACGUCAUCAGUACCACCACAGGCCCGCCAAGUCUGCCGCUGUUCCUGGGUAAGGCCAUCCUCAACGGUGUGCUGCCGAACAAGGACGAUAGCAGCGUGUUGGGGUUGCCGAAUCAUACUGUUCUCAAUCACCUGAUGACUAGCAGCGUCAGAAAUGGGGUUCUGGCGACUAGUACCACCACGAGGUACAAGAAGAAGUAUGUGACCACGAUCAGCUUCAAGCCGGUGCCGGUACCGAGGACCGAUAGAGCAGCACCUGGGCAGUGA